AUGCCACGUCCUGUGAGGGCCGCCUCCGGGCGCUGUCUCCGCAAAGGCCCUUCUCAGGGCCAACCCAAAGGCCCUUCUCAGGGCCAAUCUCGAGAUGCUUCGGCAUCAGAGACCAGCCGCGCACCAUCCGCGGUCAGUCUCAUGAGAGGUAGUGACCUCGUGUCGACCGACUUGUCCGACACGGAGUCACAUCGGGGAUCCGGAGGCUCUUCGGACGCAGCCGAGAAGCCCGCGAAGAGGGCGGUAUUAGAAGCCGACGACCGGCCAAGCAGAGCCAGGGCCAGCCACGGCGCCUCCAGUGUCCUUUACGCGGACUACUCCGUGGAGGAAAUGGAGCGCAUGGCUCUGGAGGAUCAGAUGGAGAUCCUAGAGGUCGCCUCCAAGUCCUCCAACUUGAAGGGGACCUUCCAGAAGGCCCUAAAAUGCCGGGCAGCGAGCUUGCUCGGCAUUGUAAAGGAGUUGGCGCAGCGCACCACCUCCGAUGAGACGCGGCAACUGCAGGCGAAGGUGGAUCGCCUGCAGAAAGAGGUGUCCGCGCUGCACGCGCGCGUUGCCGAGCCCAUGACUCGGCCCGAGGGGACGUCGGAAGGUCCACCAACGAUGCCUCCCUCCUCUGACCUUGAGGAACUCAUCCGAAAGGUCGUCAUGGAGGAGAGAGCAUUCAUCAGGGCCUGUUUUGCCGGCAUAGAGGACCGGCUCCUGCCGGAGACGCGGUUACGCCCUCCACUCGCGGCUGAUAAAGCACCCGGACGGAUGCCCAUCGCACCGGGGCCCUCAACGGCUCCAGCUCAGUCGGAGCCCCAGGUCCUAAAGACCACCAAGGGCAAAGGAAAGGGCAAGAAGACCUCACUACCCCCGACUACCCAGACGGUCCCUCCCGAACCGGUGAGGGAAGACCCACUACUGCCCUAUACCACCCCUUCCAACCAGCCUUGGAUUAAGGUGGUAGCGAGGAAGCGGAAGGGGAAAAAGUUGGCUCCCGAGCCCCCCGCAGCCAAGCCUGCCGCUUUAGGGGACAGGAGGAGGAAGCUCGCUCCUCCUCCAAGAACCGAAGCCGUGGUGGUCACGUUGACCCCAGAGGCAUCGGAACGAGGGGAGACGUAUGAGUCCGUGCUGCGACGGGCUCGUACAAACGUCGACCCUUCGGAACUCGGGGCUGGCAGAGUUACGUGCCGGAAGACCCAAACGGGGGCUCGUAUCUUCGAGUUCUCGGGGGCUCAACGCGGCACCAAGGCGGACCUCUUUGCGACGAAGCUCCGAGAGGCUGUCGCGGACACGGCCAAGGUUGUGAGGGCCGUCAAGUGUGUAGCUCUCGAGGUGACCGACCUCGACGACUCCGUCACGCAAGAAGAGGUGGUGGCAGCGGUUGCGGCGGCGGGGGGCUGCCCCGUCGCAUCUGUCAAGGGCCGAGCCAUUAGACCUGGCCGCAGGGGUAUGGGCACUAUGAGGUUAGAGUGCCCGGUCGUAGCUGCCAAGGCGGUUCUGGCUAAGGGCCGCCUCCCGGUCGGGUUUAGCUCGGGUGGGGUCCAAGUGCUUGAGGAUGCGCCGAUGCGCUGUUUCAAGUGCCUCGGCAUCGGACACACCCGGCCUCUCUGCCCGUCCACUGCCGAGCGUGGGGAACUAUGCUUCCGCUGCGGAAAAGAGGGGCACAGGCUGGCUAGCUGCGAGGCUGCCACCACGCAUUGCGCAGUAUGCGCUGCCAGUGGUCGUCCAUCCGACCACGUUAUGGCGAGCAAGGAAUGCCGACCGCCACUGAAGAAGGGCAAACUGCAGGCGCCGGUGCGGCCUGCUGCUGCCGCCACCUCUGAAACUCCAGUUCCAGUGCCGGCCACCGAGGGAAGCGCGAUGAACACCGACUGA